AUGGCCACAGAGCCUAGCAGGCUGUUAGGCCGUCGGGUGGAUGCCAUGGACGCUGAAGGCAGCGACGUGGACGCCGAGCAUGAGGAGGAUGUCGACGUGAGGUUGCCGGUAUUAAGAAGUGGGCAAUAUGCGCAGAUAAUGGAGACAGCAAGUUCGGACGUAGAUGCUGAGGGGGAGGAAGUUGGCAACGAAGAAGACGAGAGCGAGCCCGUUGGCGCUGUCAAAGCGGCAGCAGUGGAUGCAGCGUCUGAUGAAGACGAGGAUAUUGCUGUCGAAUCGUCUGAUGCCAAGAGCAGCGGCAGCGAGGACAACAACAGUUCCAGCAGCUCAGAAUCGGAUGCCGAAAACGAGUGGGAAGGCGACAGCGAUACCGGAGGAGGAGCCGAAGUAGAAAUAGCUGACCCCAACCGGUGCAUCUUUUGUGGAGGAAAAGAAGAAGACGACCCAAGCGAAGAGUUUGAAGAAUACCUUGCAUGUGCUGUAUGCGGAGAUAACGCACAUCGGCAAUGCGCCCGCAACGCUAGUUCUUUGGGAGCAAGUGACGAUGCCGAACGGUGGCGCUGCACUAAUUGUGUAGAAAACGGCCUUGAAGCAGAUGUUCAAAAUGCACCGGAUUCAGCUUCACGCCGCAGAUCUUCUGCUCCUAAAAUUGCCAGAGAUCUCCUCCCAUCACAUCGUGGCGGCAUCAAGUCCGAUUCGCACUCCGUCUUUAACAAGCUCAUCCUCGACGACGAUCCAAUGGACGGGUCGCGUUCACUUCGAAAGCGGAAGAUCUCACCGGACGAAGACGGACCGCCCGUGCGGUCAAGCAGGAAACGACGGCGGCCUUCCGAUGCUCCAACAGCCCCAACCGUUGACUUCGAAGCUUCCUCGCCCGCAUCUAGAAGAGCUGACAGGUCGGACAAGAUAGACGUCGAUGGCGCCAACGAUUCUGCAUCUGACAUGGAAGGGUCGCAACGGACUCGUCCAUCACGAACAAGGCGAUUGAAGAAAGCCGACCAACCUCUCGCUAGAAUCGUGCAAUCCGAAGGUAUCAGUCUCAUACUUGCAUUCCGCCUUGACCCCACUCGAGUGUCCCAGAUACUCUCUCGAAGGCCGAAGGGCUCUAGCCGGAGAGCACGUGACCGAUCACGAAGGGUAGUCCCACCCACACCUGAGCCAGAGCUGGAGCACUAUCCCGCAAUAUCAACGACGGCGAACUAUGCACCAUUCUACCUCGACAACGAGAAGGAUGAAACUAAGAACAAGCCUUAUGGCGGGAUCCUGUCUGAGGCAGAGGCCGAUACAUCAAAAACCUUUCCCGGAGAUGCAGACAGGAAACGAUUCGAGCUAGCACGGCAGAAGGCUGAGGAAGACUGGAGGAAGAAAACUGCUGCUGCGGCGACCGGGCAGGAGAGUGUUCGGCCAAGCAAAGUGUCAGGUCCGCCAAGCAAGAUCAAGUGCAUUAACUUCGGCGGCUGGGAGAUUGACACUUGGCACGCGGCGCCAUAUCCAGAGGAGUACAGCAGGAACAGGGUGCUCUACAUUUGCGAGUUUUGUCUGAAGUACAUGAACUCCGAUUACGUAGCGUGGAGGCACAAGCUCAAAUGCCCUGCAAGACAUCCGCCCGGCGACGAAAUCUAUCGCGAUGGAAAGUAUUCCUUCUUCGAGGUAGACGGCCGUAAGAAUCCCGUCUACUGUCAGAAUCUCUGUCUUCUCGCCAAACUCUUCCUCGGCUCCAAAACCCUCUACUACGACGUCGAGCCUUUUCUCUUCUACGUCAUGACCGAGUACGACGAAUUCGGUUUCCACUUUGUUGGCUACUUUUCGAAGGAGAAGCGGCCGAGCAGUCUUAACAACGUCUCCUGCAUCCUCGUCCUCCCCAUCCACCAACGCAAAGGCUUCGGCCACAUGCUCAUCGAUUUUUCUUACCUCCUCACCCGCGUUGAGCAGAAGACCGGCUCACCGGAAAAGCCGCUCUCCGAUAUGGGCCUAGUAUCCUACCGUGGCUACUGGCGCCUAAUCCUCUGCUACCAACUCAUCAAUCGGAAAAACCCCCUCAGCAUCUCACAAAUCUCCGAAAACACGGGCAUGACAGCCGACGACAUCAUCUCCGCACUCGAAGGUUUGCGCGCGCUUGUCAAAGAUCCUGUUACCAAGACGUACGCGCUACGCCUGGACCACGACUUCUUCCGCGAAUACAUCGAUAAGCACGAGCGGAAACCCUGGCCGAAGAUCAAUCCAGACUCUCUAGUCUGGACGCCCUAUGUCAUCGGUCGGAACAGCUCGAGCAGCUACGAAGAAGGUCCACAUUUGCAGACCAUGGCACCCCGCGAUGGCGAUCUGGAUGAUGAACAAGUCGCGCCAGAGGAAGGCAUCCAAGUCCAGCUCGCACAGGAAGCCCACGAACAGAAACAGUCCGAACCUCCAGGCACCACAUCCAGCACAGCCGAGACCCCCGCCCAAGACAUCCCCACCCCCGCCGACGAAUCCGAAAAACCACCACCAGCCACCCCCGCGCCGCCACCACCCAUGCCCUCCAUCCCCUCCUUUACCCACAUCAUCUACGACGCUCCCGACUCCGAUCCCGAUGCCACCCCCCGCCCGCCCAACACGCGCGCCUCCGCAACCCCGACCCCUGCGCACCAACGCCUACAUCCCGCAUCCACAAUCCCGCCAACCCGAUUCGAGAUCUUCCCACCUCUUCCCGGCGCCGCGAACCGCCGGCGCUCAAACCGGCCCUUCGGUUCGCGACGACGAAAUGGCACACAGACGCCUGGCACCGCGCGGCGAAGCACGCCUGCGUCGCGUAGGACGCCGGUCGCGAGGGGUGGGAAACAGCUUGGGGAGCCUGGCGAGAGGAGUACGGUGAGGAGGGGACGGAGUCGGUUGGGGGAGGUGGCGAGUGUUGUGGGGGAUGGGGAGGGUGAGGGUGAGGAUGAGGAAGAGGGGGAGAUGGGAGAGGAGGUGGUUGUGGGUGAGAGUCCGAUGAAGGGGAGGGGGAAGGGUGCGAAUGUGAGGGAGGGUGUUGGGAAGUUGGUUGGGGUGGUGAUAAGAGGGAGCGGGGGCGUUGAGAGGCGUGGCGACGCUGAAGCUGAAGCUGAAGCUGAUGGGGAUUCUGAUCCUGCUAAUGCGGAGGCCGAGGGGGCUGAGGAGGAUGCGGAGGGCGAGGGUGUCGAUAUGGCGGAUGCGUGA